AAACCAUAAACCCUCGUCACUGUCAGCUACCGGACGACGAUCUCAGCUCAAACACAAUUCUACUGAAAUAAAAUCUCAGCUACAAAAUUCUCAUAUGAAGAGAUUGCACUGAACAGAUCCAUCCGUCACUCUACAGUCUCUCCGGCUACCAAUUAACAACAUGAAGAAGACGAGAGACUCUUUGUUAUACUUGUCGAUCCUACUCUAUUUAUUUUCAUUUGCUCACGCUGAUUCAAUCCAUGGAUGCGGCGGAUUCGUCGAGGCGAGUUCGUCGCUGAUUAAGUCGAGAAAGUCAACUGAUACGAAAUUGGAUUACUCUGACAUCACAGUUGAGCUUCGAACAGUAGAUGGAUUGGUGAAGGAAAGAACACAAUGUGCUCCAAAUGGAUAUUAUUUCAUUCCAGUUUAUGACAAGGGUUCAUUUGCAAUUAAAAUCAAUGGACCAGAAGGGUGGUCAUGGGACCCAGAAAUUGUUCCUGUUAUUAUUGAUAAUACUGGCUGCAAUCAAAAUGAAGAUAUUAACUUCAGAUUCACUGGGUUCACCUUAUCUGGUAGAGUUGUGGGAGCUGUAGGUGGAGACAGCUGUUCAGCUAAAAAUCAGGGUCCUUCAAAUGUAAAUGUGGAACUCUUAUCUCUCAGUGAUGAUCUCAUAUCAUCUGUUCUGACAUCAUCAGCUGGUAGUUACUUAUUCAAUAAUAUCAUUCCAGGAAAAUACAAAAUUCGUGCUUCACAUCCUGACUUAAAAGUUGAAGUUAAAGGUUCCACAGAGGUACAAUUAGGUUUUGAAAAUGGUGUAGUUGAUGAUAUUUUCUUCGUCCCUGGAUAUGAUCUCCGUGGAUAUGUUGUGGCUCAGGGAAAUCCAAUACUUGGAGUGCACAUUUAUCUACAUUCGGAGGAUGUUGUAGAGCUUGAUUGUCCCCAAGGAUCUGGUGAUGCCACAGGACCGAAAAAGCCUCUUUGUCAUGCUGUAUCUGAUGCAGAUGGGAUGUUCUCAUUUAAAUCAGUACCUUGCGGGCAUUAUGAGCUUGUUCCAUUUUACAGGGGUGAAAAUACAGUAUUUGAUGUUUCACCACCUGUUAUAUCAGUUUCUGUUGAUCAUCAGCAUGUUACAAUUCCGCAAAAAUUUCAGGUCACUGGAUUUUCUGUUGGAGGGCGUGUGGUGGAUGGGAAUGACAUGGGGGUAGAGGGUGUGAAAAUUAUUGUUGAUGGUCAUGAAAGAGCAACAACAGAUAAAAAAGGUUACUACAAGCUUGACCAGGUCACAUCAAAUCAUUAUACAAUAGAUGCCAAUAAGAAGCAUUAUAAAUUCAACAGCUUGAAGGAGUACAUGGUUUUACCAAAUAUGGCUUCAGUGGCUGAUAUCAAGGCAAUAGCCUAUGAUGUUUGUGGCAUAGUUAGGAUGGUUAAUUCUGGUCAGAAAGCAAAGGUUACUUUGACUCAUGGACCAGAGAAUGUCAAACCUCAAGCUAGACAGACGGAUGGAAAUGGAAACUUUUGCUUCGAGGUUCCUCCUGGUGAAUAUCGUUUGUCUGCUUUUGCUGCUACUCCUGAGCAAGCUCCUGGACUUUUGUUUCUACCACCUUAUGUUGAUGUUGUGGUCAAAAGUCCAUUUAUGAAUGUAGAAUUUUCUCAGGCUCUUGUCAAUGUACUUGGCUCUGUAACUUGCAAGGAGACAUGUGGUUCAUCUGUUUCUGUUACUCUAUUGAAAUUAGCUGCAAAACAUACUGAAGAAAGAAAGUCCAUAAUGUUGACAGAUGAGAGCAAUGAAUUUCUUUUUCCGGACGUCUUACCUGGAAAAUACAGGCUUGAGGUCAAACAUAGUUCACCUGAACUCACAUCCAAUGAAGAUAAUUGGUGCUGGGAGCAGAGCACCAUUGAUGUGGAUACUGGUGCUGAAGAUGUUAAAGGAAUUGUAUUUGUUCAAAAAGGUUACUGGGUUAAUGUUGUUUCAACCCAUGAUGUAGAUGCUCACAUGACUCAGCCAGAUAAUUCAGUUAUUAACUUAAAAAUUAAGAAAGGAUCUCAGCAUAUAUGUGUAGAAUCUCCUGGAGUGCAUGAGCUUCACAUUAUCAAAUCAUGUAUUUUAUUUGGGAGCUCGCCAGUGAAGAUCGAUACUUCAAAUCCAUCACCUAUCUAUCUUAGAGGAGAGAAAUACCUUCUCGAAGGAAAAAUCAAGGUUGAGUUAAAAUCAGCUGAUAGUUUACACGAGCCACCAAAUAGUCUCGCUGUGGAUAUUCUAAACAGUGAUGGCAAUGUAGUUGAUGGUACAACUGCAGACCUUGCAUCUAGUGCAAUUGAUCAAACAAGCACUGCUUUAUAUGAGUACUCUGUCUGGGUGAACCUUGGAGAGAAACUUACCUUUGUUCCUCGGGACUCAAGGGUUAAUGGAGAGAAGAAAAUCUUGUUUUACCCCAAAGAGCAUAGUGUCUUGGUAACAAAUGAUGGUUGUCAAGCUCAAAUUCCUACAUUUUCUGGUCGUCAUGGCUUGUAUGUAGAAGGAUCAGUUUCUCCCCCACUUUCUGGAGUUUAUGUUAAGAUUUUUGCUGGGGAAGAUAGCCACACUACACCACUCAAGAAAAAUGACAUGGCACUCGAAAUAACCACAGGGACGGAUGGUUCUUUUAUCGGGGGACCUUUAUAUGAUGAUAUAUCUUAUGCUGUUGAGGCUUCAAAGCCUGGUUACCAUCUUAAACGCACGGGACCACAUUCCUUUUCAUGCCAGAAGCUUGGCAAAAUCUCUGUACAUAUAUAUUCAAAAGGCAAUGUCAAUGAACCUAUUCCAUCUGUGCUAUUAUCAUUGAGUGGUGAUGACGGAUAUAGGAACAACUCUAUAUCUGGAACUGGUGGAAUAUUCUUCUUUGAUGACUUAUUUCCUGGCACUUUCUAUCUACGUCCACUGCUAAAGGAGUUUGCUUUCUCACCUUCAGCACAGACUAUAGAACUUGGUUCAGGGGAUUCUAAAGAAGUCACUUUCCAGGCUACCCGUGUUGCUUACAGUGCUACAGGUAUGGUCACUCUUUUGUCUAACCAGCCAAAAGAAGGUGUCUCUGUUGAAGCUCGGUCAGAGUCAAAAGGCUACUAUGAGGAGACAGUAACUGAUUCAUCGGGAAAUUAUAGGCUCAGAGGACUUCUUCCGAACACAACCUACGUGAUUAAAGUAGUUGAAAAGUAUGGCUUGAGUACUACUAGAAUUGAACGUGCAUCUCCAGAAUCUGUUACUGUUCAGGUUGGAUCUGAGGACAUCAGAGCAUUGGAUUUUGUGGUGUUUGAAGAGCCAGAAAUGACCAUUUUAAGUUGCAAUGUUGAAGGGAAAAGGACAAAUGAAUUUCAUUCACAUCUGCUGGUAGAGAUCAAAUCGGCUAGUGACACAUCAAAGAUUGAAUCUGUCUUUCCGUUGCCACUCUCCAACUUUUUCCAGGUGAAGGACUUGCCUAAGGGUAAACACCUGCUGCAGCUCAGAUCAAGUCUCCAAUCGAGUACCCUCAAGUUCGAGUCAGAUGUUAUUGAGGUUGAUUUGGAGAAGGCCGCUCAAAUACACGUGGGACCACUGAAAUACAGUUUUGUGGAGGAUCACCAAAAACUGGAGUUGACUGUUGCACCUGUCCUCCCGCUCGUUGUUGGACUAUCAGUAAUUGUUUGUUUCAUCAGCAUGCCCAGAUUAAAAGAUCUAUAUCAAGCCACAGUAGGGAUACCGACCCCAGGAUUUAUGACAACAGUGAAAAAGGAAAUUCGAAAGCCGGCUUUGAGAAAAAAGACAUAUUGAAGAUCAAUUUCAUUUCUAUGAUACACGCAAGUAAGAUUUCAGGUGCUAAAAAUUUUCGCCUUCUACAUUCAAGCUUUAGCCUGUCGUGUAGCUAACUGACAUGAGAGUAUUAGCAACUUUGCAUACCAACUUGAGCCUUUUUUUUUCUUCUUCUUUAGAUUUUGAAUUAUCAUAGUUAGAUUAGGAGUUGAACUCAUAACUUCCUCUUGAAAAGAGAUGUCAUGGCCAAUUUUUUCUAAUUUAUGGAAGCAAAUCUAGAUAGUAGAAGUGACAUUGCAUAAUUGUUCUUAUCAAUUCUGUAUUUCUUGCCGCCGUGUUGCUUUAUGUUUUCUUGACUAGCUCUGAUAUUCAAAGCUAUUUAUAUUAAUGUGCCUUGAUGAA